AUGAAGAUGAUGCGGAGAAGAUUAGGCUUUCACUUAGGGACCAACAACAAUACUCUGCUUGAACUCUUCAAAUUCACUUCACAAUCACUUGCAAUUAUGAAUCUUCCUGAAAGCUCUGGUUUUCUCUCGUUGUUUUUCAAUUGUUAUAAAACAUGGAAGAUUUCCGCUUUACAUCGUCAAUGA